AUGGUAUUCCAACUCCUUAAUAUUUCGCUUUCCGCAUUUCUCUCUGAUUCUUUCAUAUCUACUCGCUCCAUUUCAAUAUUUUCCAAAACAACUCUAAGAAGCCACCAGAUAUACCCCAUUGCUUCAGUAGACACCAAAGAAAACGCAUUUCAGCUGAGACGAUCAUCUUUUUCGAAGAUGCUGAAUUUCCAUUGGCCACGUGCCAGCCAAGGAUUCAGCUGGACCGUCUGCAUCCUUCUGCUUUCCUCUUAUAAUGUUCUGUCCCAAAAUUCUGAGCCGUCGAAUGACACAGAAUCUGAAUCUGGAAUCCCAGCUUAUGGAAGUGUUCAACUCGUCAAUGGAACAAAAUAUGCAGGAAGAGUUGAAGUUUUCUAUGACGGCGCAUGGGGAACCAUCUGCGGUGGUGAUACUUGGGGGGAAAAUGAAGCUAAGGUUGUUUGCAAGAGUUUGGGAUUCGGAUCUGGAGAGGUUCUGCCAGUGACUGCAGGAAGCGGGAAUAUAUUUCUUGCUGAGGUUGACUGUAAAGGAACUGAAGAAUCGAUCGUCGAUUGUACACAUAACAAAUUUCAACAAAAUAAUUGCACACACAAAUCAGAUGUCGGUGUCAAAUGCGAAGGAAGCGCCGAUGAAAUCAACAGUAACUCUGUCGAUAAUUGCAAUUUUCAAUAUGAAAAGUGUGGCUACAGCAUUUGGGCCAAUUCCUCAUUCACAUGGGUUCGAAAAAGAGGACCUUCACCAUCAAGUUCGACCGGACCUACUACUGACCACACAUACGGCAACACAUAUGGAUACUAUAUGUACACGGAGGCGUCAACUGGAUAUUAUGGAGCUAAGACGCGUCUGAACAGCAGCGUAUCAGUCUACUCGCCUUUAACUAUACAAUUCUGGUACCACAUGUUUGGUGUUAAUAUUGGAACUCUCAAUGUCAUAACAGUUACGAAUAAUUAUGAGAAAAAAGUUUGGUCAAAAUCUGGUAACAAAGGCAAUGUCUGGAAAUUCGCUUGCAUUCCAAUUAAAUCGACAUUUCAACAACUUGUAUUUGAAGGAAUUAGAGGAUCAAGUUAUCGGGGAGAUAUUGCAAUAGAUGAUGUCGUAUUAUCUCAACAUACAUGCAAAUAUUAUGAAACAGUGAGCUGCACAUUUCAAAAUGGACUAUGUGGAUAUGAAGCAGUGCAAGGAAAUGGCUCAAGUGUUACUUGGUCAAUUAUUUCCGGUUCUAGUUACAGAGCACCGAUUUAUGACCAUACAAACAACACCCGUGAUGGAAAAUAUGCAGCAAUGUUAGUCCGCUACGCUAAAGAAGGAAUGAAAAGCUACCUCGUAUCACAGCCUAUCAAAGCAAGUUAUAAAAUGAAAAUUGAGUUCUUUUACUACAUGUCGGGCACCAUGCCGGGUGAGUUGUACGUGUCAUAUAAAGACAAGUCCACUCCUCUCAGUUCCUGGGAUAAAAACGAGUGGCAUGACAAUGGAGAUCAUGGAACAAAAUGGAACUAUGGCUGCAUGAAUUUAUACCCAGAACUAAAACAAGAUGGUAACGCGACUGAGAAAAGAAUUGUAUUCACUGGUAUUACUGGAACAUCAAGCGGAAUUCACCUUGCUCUUGAUGACAUUAAACUCUCGAACGGAUCUUGUGAAAUUGGGAUUGACGCUUCUGUUUGUACAUUUGAUAAUCCAAAACUUUGCCACUAUAAAAUAAAUUGUACGGCCCGUCGGGAAUAUACAUGGAGAAGAAUUCGCGGUUCAACUUCAUCUUACAGCACUGGACCAAGCAGAGAUGCAUCAAAGGAUAGCAGAGGUUACUACCUGUAUGCUGAAAGCUCUUUUGGUAAAGCGGGAGAUGCCGUAUCCAUCAAAUUUCCAGUUAAAAACACCAAAGGAAAAUAUCUGAAGUUUAAUUAUCACAUGUAUGGUCAAAGUAUGGGCAGUCUGCAUUUAUUCUACACUUCUGGACAGUCAAGCAGAGAAGUAUGGCAAAUGUCAGGCAAUCAAGGAAACGUGUGGAAUUUUUUCUGCAGGCAAAUAAACGAGGAAAUUGAUGAGGUAAAGUUAGUUGCUGUCCGAGGAUCGACAUACACAAGUGACAUCGCCGUCGAUAAUGUUUUCUUGACUUCCCAACCAUGUCCAAAUCAAGUCGACUGUAACUUCGAAUACGGAAUGUGCAACUACACCGUGACCUAUUCCUAUUACAGAUACAAAUGGGCUUUGGUAUCCGGCACUGAUCAUACAUAUGGUUCAGGGCGUUUCCUCAGAGUAUAUUACUCCUCCAGGAGAGAAGGUUACACGACAACCCUAAAAUCACCUGUUAUACAACAAACGAGCAAUACUUCCAGCCUCCAGUUUUACUAUAAAACAAAUAUAUUGGGUUCAAGCAAACUCAUAGUUGAAAUUAAUCGUAUAUCAGCGUUGACAACAGUAAAUGUUAUAGAACGCAAAUCCCUUAAUAUGAAUUUGGAAGGGUGGGUAAUGGGCUGCAUCAACCUUCCAGCAAAUGAACGGGUAUCAGUAAGCUUCAUUGCGAUCAGUGGUGACACUUAUUCAGAUUAUAUAAUGCUGGAUGACAUCUCUUACCAAGCGACUUCCUGUGUGGAUGGUAUUGUGAAUAAUAUAUGCACAUUUGAAGAACCAAAUGCAUGUGGCUAUAACGUCAGCUGUCAAGAAACAAGCAAAUUUCUGUGGAAGAGAGGGCAAAAAACUAGUUCAUAUUCAACAGGACCUUCUUCAGACCAUAGUGGAAAAGGCAGAUAUUUCAUGUAUACUGAAUCGUCAUUUGGUAGUCCAGGUGACACAACUGACCUUGUGUUUCCUGAAUUUGUCGCACCCCCUGGACAUAUCCUCAGUUUCUAUUACUACAUGUAUGGUCGUGACAUUGGAACACUUCAGGUUCACAUUAUCACUCGUUCAGGAAAAAUGUUAAAAUGGUCCGAGAAAGGUGAAAUGGGAAGAAACUGGGUGAAAGGCUGCGUCAAUCUUCCAGUUAAUGAGAAAGUGACUGUUGUCUUUACUGGAAUCCGAGGUAAUGGUCCAUUAGGUGACAUGGCAAUUGACGAUGUUGGUGUCGUACCUGGCGUCUGUUACGACCAAGGCAUUUCCUGUGACUUCAAGGAUGAAACUAUAUGUGGCUAUAGAAACGUCUCUCGUUUAAGCAAUUAUGGUUGGGUUAGAAAGCGAUCCGGUUCAGAUUACUAUAUGAAUGCUGUAGGCGCCUAUGAAAAAAUUAGUUUGAAAUCUCCAUCAAGAAAUUUAUCAGACAAUUGUAUUCAGAUUUCCUACCGACUUGGAGGCAAAUAUUGUGGAUUGAAUGUGUAUACAUCUUAUAACAAUCAUAAAUAUCUCUCAUUAAAAGAAAACAAUAAUACAGACUGGCAGAAAGCACAAUUUUACAUUCAAAAUGCUGAGACGAGUCUUAUAUUUGAAGCUGACAUAAGAACCUAUUGGAUGUACUGUAUGCUUAACAUCGGCAAAAUUUCCAUUUUAAAUGGGACAUGCCCCAAUCUAGACUGUAAGAAUGCCAGUCAGGCUUGCACAGAUCAAGGUCACUGUGUAGACAAAUCUUCUCUCUGUGAUAGGAAAGUCGACUGUAAUGAUGGAAGUGAUGAAAGUAACUGCUCUCGAUCUAUUUCUUGUGACUUUGAAGAAAAAUUUACCUGUGGCUACAAUUAUACCUAUGGAUGGUCGCGUCAGAAUCUUUCGAUAUAUGAUCUACCAGAAAUAACUUUGAAUAACUCAGAAUAUUCAAUGGUUUUACGUUAUGGAAUAUGGCCUCUUAUGUCGCCUUUCGAAAUGAUUCCUCAGUCUUGUGUUCAGUUCCAUCACAUUGGUGACAUUGGUUCACGUCUGUGGGUGCUGGUGCAUAAUAGCAACGGCCUAAACACGACGUCAUGGAAUUAUUCCUACUCCGAUUUACGAAAAUGGACGCUUGGUCAAUUCGAAAUACCCGGAGGAAAUAUAUCCUUGAUAUUCGUUGGUUUUAGUGAAAAUUUGGGAAUAGCGCUUGAUAAUGUAAUUCUUCAGAAUGGCAACUGUGGUCCAAUUGUUUGUCCAGAUGAUUCUUUUACUUGUGGUAGUAACGAAAAGUGCAUUUCUCAUCGAAGCAAGUGUGAUCGAAUCCAAGAUUGUGCAGAUAACAGUGAUGAAGUCAACUGCACUUCAUCCAUAGAUUGUGAUGUUGAAGAUCCAUAUCAAUGUGGCUAUGAGUACGAUCUCGGAACAUGGAGAGUCAGCAGUGGAAGAAAGGAAAAAUAUCCCGAUUUAGACCAUUCUCGUGGUCUGUAUUCAGGCAAGUUCUUUGUAUCGUCCUUCAGUCAACAGACAAAUGAUACCAUACAUGAUCUUCAUGCCCCCGAAGAGAUGCUGCCAGUUGAUGCUUGCUUGACUUUCUACUAUUCUUUUCAUGGUUCUGGAGCAUUGGAAAUACUUGACAAUGGCGUGUCAAUGCUGAAAAUAAGACCAAAUAACAUCAAUACGUGGCAGAAAUCCCAGAUCCAACUGAGCCCAGGAAAACACAAUAUCACUUUUUGUCACAUAAAUGGAAACUAUUCAAACUCGGCGCCGCAUAAUGUUUUAGGAUUGGACAGUAUUCACCUUUCAAAUGGAACAUGUAAAUUAUUUGAAUGCAAAAAACAUUGGAGAAAAUGUAGCAAUUCACCAGUUUGUGUUCCUGAAUUUAAAUUCUGUGAUCACGACGAAGAUUGUGCCAACGGAGAAGACGAGCGAAACUGCACAACAUAUUCUAAUGUGCGUUUGGCCAGAGGAAGAAACGUUCAGCAAGGUGACGUUGAGAUGUAUUACAAUGGCCGGUGGAAUCUAAUUUGUGGAUCAUGGUCUAGAGAAAAUGCCGCUGUUGUUUGCAGAGAAUUGGGUUAUAAUGAAUCGAGAAAUACUUUCAGAACGAAAAAUUGGCUUUACGAAAAGACAUAUAUAAGUCGUAUUUCCUGUAGGGGAUAUGAAAGAUCGCUGAAAAGCUGCGGGAAAAGCAUUUGCUAUAGCACUUGUAGAUGUUCUGUAUAUGGAGCAGUUGACUGUUCAAACACACCUUGUGAAUCAACUCAUGUGCCUUGUGUAGCAACGAAUUCUAGCAACACUACAAGUAAUCCACAAUGUAUAUCGAAAGAAAGUGUAUGCGAUGGUGAGAAGGACUGCCCUGGUGGAACAGAUGAACAGUCAUGCACCAAAUGCAAAGCCAAUGAAUUUCAGUGUCUUAACUAUGAGUGCAUUCCACAGAACAAACGUUGUGACGGAAUUAACAAUUGCAAAGAUGGAUCUGACGAAUAUCAUUGUUUCAAGCAUGACAAUCUCACUUUGUCGUUCAUGAUGAACGGAAGGUACACCCCUGUAUGUGAAGAUAAUUUGAAAGAGCAAGACAUUGCCAACAAACUUUGCCAUUACGUUGGAAAAGGGGAUGCUUCAGUUGGUUGGUCCAACACUCAAGGGACUGGAGUUAAAUUUUCAUUUUCAGCAGAUGCCAAACAUUCUGUAUUGCCAGGCCUCAAACCUUCCCUUGCCCCAUGCACACUAUUAAGUCUGAAUUGUAGCCGCAGAGAGUGUGGUACUCGGAGUGCGACUUUAUACGAUCCUGUUAUUAGAUAUGGCCAGAAAGCCAUCUCAGGAGAAUGGCCUUGGCAGGUUGCAGUCAUGUACAAGGGAAGAUUUUCCUGUGGAGGAAUACUUCUUAAUAAUCGAUACGUAAUUUCAGCUGCAUAUUGUUUCCGAAGCAAUAAGUUACCUCAAUAUUAUGAGAUCGGCCUGGGAUCAACAGUCCUUUCUUCACUUCGAAAAAUACGUGUUAAGAAACUCAAGGUGCACCAAAAGUACUCAAGCUUUAAUAGCAGAAAUGAUAUUGCAUUGCUGGAAUUGAUGACGCCGGUACAGAUGACAGAUUAUAUUCGACCCGCAUGUCUUCCUCUUAAGCCUUGGGAGCCUUACAUGAUUUGCUAUACAACAGGUUGGGGACAGAAUGAAACGAGAAGCCAGCAAUAUGAACUGAUGGAAACAAAAGUUAGCAUCUUACCCAGAGAGUCUUGCCUGCAUCAAUUCCCUGAAAUAGAUGCUACGGGGAUGUGUGCUAAUAACAAACAACCAAACCAACCAGGGUGUUAUGGUGACGAAGGUGGUCCUCUUGUCUGUCGAAAUAUGCAAGGAUAUUGGUCAGUAUAUGGAAUAGUCAGUCGGGUUUCAUGUUAUGGCCAUCGAUCAUCUUCGCAAUUGUACACUGAUGUCUUUACGCUCCGAAAAUGGAUAACUGACAAUAUGAUGAAUUAA